ACACUAUUGCGUUUUUCCGAUUGCCGCACACGUGCCAAGAUUUCUGAUAUUUUCUACCUAAAUUACUUUAUUUUGCAGGCAUUGUAAACUUUCUUGAAAUUUCUUAUAAUUAAAGAAUAAUUGAACAACAUUCAACAAGGAACAUCAUAUUUAAAUAUAGCAGUCCACAGAGUACAUGGCAAUGGUGUCAGAAGCAAAGGUGAAUGGUAGUGGAGUGGAAGCUCCUGCAGAGGUUGUACCUGCCUUGGCAGAAAAACCUGCAGGCUUGCCACCAGGCAAGUAUGCUCUUGUAGGAUGGGAUAUGGAUACCACUGGAAGAAGACUGAUAGAUGAGAUAUGUCAAAUUGCUGCUUUUACUCCAAAGCAGACAUAUUCGCAAUACAUUAUGCCUUAUGGAGAUCUGAAUCCAGGUGCUAGAAGACGUCACAAUGUUCGAGUAGUCACUGUGGGUCGAUACCGCAUGCUGAAAGAUACUAAUACACAUAAAAUAUUAAAAACAAAAUCGGAAAUAUCUGCGCUUACGGAUUUCUUAGACUGGUUAGAAAAAGAAAAAGGUGAUGGCAGUGUUAUUCUCAUCUACCAUGAGCCACGCCGCCUUAGUCCUACAAUGUUGCUAGAAGCUCUUACUCGUUAUAAGUUGUUGGACCGUUUCAAGACAAUAGUGGCUGGUUUCGCAGACAGUUAUGCUCUUGCUGCUGACAAGUGCAAGUCCACAGUUAAAUCUGUAUCUUUAAGAGUUCUUGCAAGAGUCCUACUUGACGCAGAUACACUUUCAGUGGAUAGUGCACUGGAUCGUGCUACAGCGGCAUAUAGGAUUGUUGAGCAUCUGGCACAAGGAGAGCAACAAGAAGUGGGAGCUGGAGGAGAAGGCACAACGGCAAGUAAAGACAUGGUGGAGACUGCUAGAGUCUGGGCACGACCGGUUCAUACUGAAUUGGAAGCACUUGCCAACUUUAAGAAAUUACUAGAAAGACAGAACACAUUCCGGCCGGUGUUCGCGCCACUUCUGCGGUUGGCGCGGCCGGAGCGCAAGCGCGUCACGCAGCUGCGCCGUCUGCUGGCCGACGCGGGCCUGCUCUACGAUCAGCUCAAGGAUGCCUGGCAAGAACAGAAGUUGGAAGGUCUUGAGAAGCAGUUGGAGGCGUUAACGGUAUCAGCGAAAGAGGAAGACAUCAAGGAGCUAAUUGACAUAUUUGACUGCCACUUUGAUCCUGCCAAAGAGCCUAAAGGAUUAAAACCUAGAAUUCCAAAUAGAACAAGGGCCACAUCUUCAGCGGGAGAGACAGGUGAAGCCGAAGGCAGCACCAGUGAGUCGCAAAAGACUUCAACUCAGAACUCACCCAAUAAGACUAAUAAUGACGUAACGGCGGAGCCUAGUCAAAACACAGCGCCGGAGGCAGUAGUGGCCAACUAACGCCUGCACCAAACUUACAAUAAAACUAAAGCUUAGAUUUUUGUAUCACAUACUAUCGUUUAGUAUCAUAACAGAGCCAUAGCAUGUGACAAAACAUUUAUUCGUAUUAUACAUUUAGGUUAAGUCUCCUUUGGAAUUGAAAGAUAUUUGUUUCGCAUGCAUCGGUGAACGAGUUUACAAUUUUUUUUAUUACCUGUUAACAUUCUGUUAUUAUUUUUCAUAUGCUUAACGCGUAAAGUUUUUAUAUAUACAUGAAUAGAUGGUAAUUGUAGUUGAGUGCCUUAGCAACUCAGUGUUUUAAGAAACUUUAUUCACACUUUUGUGUGUGUUUAGUCUGUGACAACGUUUUGUUGUUUUUUACAAAGUGCCCCAGUGUUAAGUGUUAGAGCUGCCAUUGUGUUGCGCGAUUGACUCGUGUUCGAAGCGAGAAUGUUGAAGUAAUAAUAAUAUUUUAUAUAUCGCAGUUAUAGAGGGAAUAUUUAUGAUUUUACAACUGGGCUUUUAAGUACAAGUUUUCGUACUGUUUUUAUUUAUUUAAAAAAAAGAAAAUUAUUUAUUUUUUUUGCAAUGUGUGCAAUCACAUGGAACGGGUGGACUGAUUUUUUACAUCCGAUGUUUUAAAAAAGUUAUUUAUUUUAUUUUUCUUCUCCAUACGCAUAAUAUCUUAAGCUGGAUAAAUAAAAUACGCAUUUUCGCUAUACUAAUGAGCUGUCGCAUGUCAUUUCUUUUGCCAUAAAGUUUCUAAGGUUAAGUUUUCUUACCAUACAAUAAGCUACGCAUAAUAAAAACAGUGUGUACCUAUUAACUUACCUCUAAUUUAGUUAGUUUUAACAUAGACUGUACAUAUAAUUUAAUUUCUUAUUUUGUUCAGAUCUCUAAUAAAUAUGUAAGU